GGGGUGACGGUGGGCGGGGCCCGGGCCGUGCGGCCGCGGCCGGGAAACCCCGUGCGGCGCCGGGAGCGGGAUCCAUGAGGCGGCCGCGGCCAUUUUAGCGAGAUCUACCAGAGCGAGGGAGGAGAGGGCGAGGGAAAUAAAUAAAUAAAUAUAUCGUUAAAACAUCAAUCCGUCGGAGCGCGGGAAGGGGGUGGCGGAGCUGAAUCGAACCGAACCGCAUCGCACCGGCAGCCCCGAGAAUAAGCGAUAAUUAGAAAUGGCUACUGAGGUGAAUGGAAAUGCAGCGCAGGUGAAGGAGGAGGAAGAACCCAUGGAUACCUCAUCUGCUGUCACCCAUUCAGAACACUACCAGGUGCUAAUAGAUGCUGGCUUGCCACAGAAAGUAGCAGAAAGGCUAGAUGAUAUCUUUCAAACAGGAUUGGUAUCUUAUGCUGAUCUUGAUGAGAGAGCCAUUGAUGCGCUCAGGGAGUUCAAUGAGGAAGGAGCACUGUCUGUAUUGCAGCAGUUUAAGGAAAGUGACCUAUCUCACGUGCAGAAUAAAAGUGCCUUUCUGUGUGGAGUAAUGAAGACCUACAGGCAGCGGGAAAAGCAAGGUAGCAAAGUACAAGAUGCCACAAAGGGCCCAGAUGAGUCAAAAAUUAAGGCACUUUUGGAACGGACUGGCUACACUUUGGAUGUAACUACAGGGCAAAGGAAGUAUGGUGGUCCUCCCCCUGAAAGUGUGCAUUCAGGUCCACAACCUGGAAUCGGAACAGAGGUCAGUGUCCAGUAAUGAGGAAUCAGCCUU